UCUUCUUCUUCACAACACACACAGAUGCACAUACACUUUUUUUUUUCCCUUCUCCUCCUUCCCCCCUCCUCCUCUCCUCAUAUCCACCGGCAACUGCUCUGAACAGUCUGCAUCACCAAGCCAGUGGAUCCCAUCACUUGACUAAUUAGCCUUGAAGUGCUGCUGAAGAUCAUCAUAUUUAGCUUAGCGACCGAGCAGAAGAGCGAAGACAGAUAUAGACCAGUCUGGCUGGAAGCUGGCUGCCAGGCAGCGGUCGAGUUCUCCAUCCCUCUCUCUCUCUAUUCACACUCAGCACCGAGGGCUGAUGAGUGGCGGAGCGGCGGAAGUGAGGGGCGGUUAUGCUUUGAAAGAGACAAGAAAGGGGAAAGAGAAAGAAACGAAGAGGAGACAACCAAACCACAGAAUGCCACUUCACUGCAGGAGCAAACCCUCUGAAUAGACUUCCCAGGAAAACCGACGCUGUCCUGCAGCACAUUUAAGAUGAUUGACCGCCAGCAGUCGGUACAGAGAAGACCAAUGAGGAACCUUCCUGCAGUCCGAGGCCAGAUGAAGACCAGCACCUACAUUGUUCCCUGUUUCCUCUUUGUGGAGCUGGUCAUCAUGGCAGGGACCGUUCUGUUGGCGUAUUACUUUGAGUACACCGACACGUUCCCAGUGCACGUCCAGGGCUUCUUCUGCUUCGACAAAGCCUACUCAAAGCCAUACCCGGGACCCGAGGACAACAGCAAGGCGCCGCCUGUCCUCGUCUACUCCCUCGUCACCGCCAUCCCCACCGUGACGAUUCUCAUCGGGGAAGUGACAAGCUUCUUUGUGAAGACGGAGGGAGCUCAGGAGAAGACCAUAGUGACCGCUGACUGCUGUUAUUUCAACCCUCUCCUUCGCAGGAUCGUGCGGUUUCUGGGUGUCUACUCCUUUGGUCUUUUCACCACCACCAUCUUUGCCAAUGCUGGCCAAGUGGUAACAGGAAACCAGACGCCUCACUUCCUGUCUGCCUGUAAGCCGAAUUACACAGCUCUGGGCUGCCAGUCUCCGCUUCAGUACGUCACGGAGCAUCGAGCCUGCACGGGAAACCCAUACCUGGUCAUGUCCGCCCGCAAAUCCUUCCCCUCCAAAGAUGCAGCGCUCAGCUUCUAUUCAGCCAUCUACACAGUGAUGUACGUGACCUUGGUGUUCCGGACCAAAGGGACCCGGCUGAUGAAGCCCACCCUAUGCUUCGUGCUGCUGUCUCUAGCUGUGCUGGUCGGGGUCGUGCGAGUGACUGAACACAGGAAUCACUGGAACGACAUCCUGGCUGGAUUUGUCACAGGAGGGGCCAUCGCUGCGUUCCUGGUGUCAUGUGUGAUCAACAAUUUCAAGGCGACUAAGCUAGCGGUACCAACUCCCCCACCUCCGCAACGCCCAGAGCCCCCCAUCGGGAUACCUCUCCUCAGCCUGCCACGUGUGGAGAGUCCACUCGAAAAGUUAAGUGGCAUCCAGGCUCCAGGGCUACCGUAUUCUGAGAUCACAUGACCAUCAGCCAACCCCGCCCCCCGCCCUGCCCGAUGUGCUCCUCCCCUCAAAGCAUUGUCUCACCAGCUCAGUCUAGACCUGCCCACUGAACGCCCCGCCCCUUGCCCCGCCCACCCUGGAAAGCGCCAGCCCCUGCGACGAGUCAAAUCCACCCAGGUGUGAGCGUUCACUAGUCCCAGAGGACAACUUCAGCUCAUACUACAGGACACUGGGGGACAGAGACAUGUCCUCAGCUAUGCGAACCACUAUGUCCUCCGAGGACAUGUGGAAGACCCCAGUAAAAGACUCUUUAAAGCCGGAGCUGUUAAAGCAAUACUGUGUCCUUGUAUGGUUUUCUACAAAGAUUCAACAGAGACUCUAGAGACUGUUGGCUGGUGAUGACUUGAUAUUUCCAAUCAAAAUCAAAAAUAAUAAGGAACUCAGCUCAGCUGAGCAUCCCAAGUGGAUUUUCCUCUAAAUAACUUUUGCUAUUCUCAGGACAAUCAAGUGGAAACAACAGAAAGACACAAACAACCACAGAAAAAGACCUUGAUGUAAUAAUGCUGGUACACUGGAGUAUCAUGGUACAGGUUUUUUCUUCUGUACUCAGAUGAAAGCGAUGCCGUUGAAGAGGGGAAGCACUUUUGUAAAUUAUAGCACAGACGAACCCUUCUUAUGCUCACUAAGCAAUGUUGUAUCCUUUCUAUUCGUUCUGACUUGUGUGAAGUGAUAGAAGAGAGAUUUAUACACACUAGAACUUUGCUUUUGGUGCCUCAGCUGUUUGGGGCCAUCAGCUUUACUCGUUCCUGACACAAACAGAACCAGAUUCUCACUCCUUCUCCUAGCGUAUAACUCAGUGUUCAGGUGUGCGUUUUCAUGUCUGUCGGUUUGAUGUUCAUGCUGUGAAAAAUCUGGGAAAGUCAACGAUUUCCCUUCCAGCCUACUAACACGUGGUUGCUUAUUAUCAGCUGACAGGUACAAUACUCUGUUUUUCCCCAUUUCUCUGAACCCGUGUACCAAAUCCAGACGAUUUUCGUAUUUCCACACUCUGGGCUGCUGUCCGAAUCCAUAAUGGGCCAUUCCCAUCUGUACCGGGUCGGCCCGGGCCGGGUAGCCCCAGUCGGCCCCAACCUGGCCCGGUUGAUUCCACACAUCCUUGCCUUAAGCCCAUAUGGGCUGGUUCUACCCACCAAUCAGAGGCUUGCUCUAAUGGAAGGUGUGAAUUUGCUGUCAGCAGUGGGUGUGUUGGCCCUGGUCGGCCUGAAGCAGACCCCCUCGAGAAGAGGGCUGACAAUGAGCCUUGGUUGGCCCGGAAAAAUACCAGGCCACCCAGAUAUGUAAACAACCUACGCUACCCGGCCCGGGCCGACCCGGUACAGAUGGGAAUGGCCCAAUGUGUCCGGUCCGAGCGUUCCCAGUUGAACGCUGCAGUUCCGGUGUUUUAUUUUACAUUAAAUCAAUCACAGACUGGUGUAAAACAGCAGUGAGACCUCUGAUUUUUGUAAAGUUUUGUACAGGAUUUCAGUUUAUUUACACAUUAUAUACGAACUUAUGAGUAUGAUUAAGUUGUGUGAAUGAAGCCGUCUGACAGGAACAUAAAGAGAUUCUUGUUGGCUCUAAAAGAUUCUGCAGGUUCUGCUGGUUUAAAGAGAAUGUUUAACCAUGAAGAUGUCGUACUGAUGGUGUGUGUGUGUGUGUGUGUGUGUGUGUGUGUGUGUGUGUGUGUGUGUGUGUGUGUGUGUGUGUGUGUGUGUGUGUGUGUUUACAAUGAGCACAUUGGAUGGCAGCACAACUGUUAAUUUGGCAACCUCUUUGGGUUUUUAGGGUAAAUUGUCAAGAGUAGCUGCUAUGAUUACACACGUGUGCUUGUUUGUAACUGCAGGCCUUAAAGGAUCCCUGCCAAGGUGUCCUAAAAAUGCUUGUUUGAGCAGAAGGUGCUCAUUAUAGCUCUGAGAUUACCUACAGUAUUUUUUCUUUCUAAUUUGGGAGGAUAAGAACAACUCUUCUGCCCAGACGUUAUUUUUAUGUUAAAGGUCUCUGUUUUGUAUUUAUUUAUCAAAAUAAAUCACAUUUACUGCA